AUGGCAGCCAGUCAAAUUCCCUAUCUUCCUCCAGCCAUCCGCCUCUCGCCCGCCCAUUCUCGAACAAACUCGCGUUCUACCUCCCCCGAGAGAAACCCGGCCGCGCUCUACCAGAAAAUCGACCCCCUCUUGAGCAACCUCUCCCCCGAAUCCACCCUUCACGCCCUCACCUCCACGGAAGCCGUGCCGACGAAUGAGAAACGCGCCCAUGAUAUCUUGUCACAAAGUAUUUCCCAGGUGUCCCCCGCGGAACGGGCCCUGGGGAUUCGCGCCGCGGUAGCCGCCCAGAACUUGGCUCUCUGGCUCGACGAGGUACAGUCGUGGGGAUGGCCGAGUCCGAACGAGGCAAAGGCGGGAAAGGGCUUUGAUCCUCCUAUCGCUGAGCCUCCUCUAGAUCCUGGGCAUGGGGAGUCCUCUUCUUCAUUCCAUGUUAGCAGCACCGAGGUCGAAUAUUAUGGGAGUUUGCCGGCGGAGGUGGUGGAGCAAUAUGAAACACGAAUUGAAGAAAUUCGCGAUGGAAUGGACGAUCUCAACGUGGAGGAAUUGAAGGAGCAUGUGCUCAGUGCCCACAUUCCAGCCCGGUCGAGACCCUCCUCCAACAACAGCAGCGUGUCUAUACCUCCGCCGCUCAGCUAUGUCCAGCUGAGUGAUUUCACCGCCGUCAUUACAACUACCAUCCUGCGCGCCCUGCCGUUCUUGUCCAAGUUGAAUAGCCUCCUAUCAACAUGGGAUGUCCGCCUACUGGUCCUGCGCCAGAUUCCUGGUCUUCUAAGGGAGCUGCACCUUACCCGGGCUGCUUUGGAUUCCUCGCUAAAGGAAUUACGGACCAUUGAUCUGUCUGAUACCACCCAGGCUCCGUUUUCAAGCUCUGAACUGCACUCUCAACAUGUCAAACUCGAGUCGGCCGUUGUCGCUGUCGGUAGACGCAUGGAUCGCGUUUUGGAUGCGUUGGAAGGUCGUCAGGAUUCAUUGCCGGAGUGUUGGAUCGAUGAUCUGGAAGGCGUCGAGUCUGAUUUUGCUGCGUGGGUGGUGGAGGCGGAGAGAUAUAAUAUUCGCGCAGAAUGGUUGCAGAAACAGCCUGCGGUGGAUGAAAUGCCUGGGCCAUCUGAGCCUGAGCCUGAAGAACAGGAAAAUAGUGUUCAUGAGAUGGAGGCUAUUGAGGAGGAGCCUGCUGAGGAGGAGACCAUUGAGAGCGCGUCUACUGAAAAUGAUUCCAUUGAGCAAGAGCCCCAACGGGUUUCUGAAAUAUCUCUCGAGCACACUGCCCAGCAACCGGUUGAGCAACCAGCUGCUCAGACAGAGCAGGAAUCAAUUGUUUCCCAUUCUGAUGCUCCGGAUAUUCCGAUACUUGAGUAUCAAUCGCCAUCCGAUAGCCCACCAGAUGUGGGGAUACCUGGCAUCGUCGUCAACAAGGAAGACACUCCUGAGGAACAACCUUCUACUGCAGUUGCAGAGGACCAGCGUACUCCAACACAAAUGGAAUUUCUCCCAGAACGAUCUGCGAAUGCCGGAGAACAACAAACCCCAACUCCGUCAACAACCCAGCGAUCUAUUCCCGUCCAGGAAAACAAGGAAAAUAUUCCUCCGCUCAAUUUCAAACAACAAAAACCAGGGACACCAUCCUUCGAUCAGUCAUCUCCAGUGAAACCGGUUGCUCUAUCUGAGCACAAAGAAUUGGCUGAGGACCGCUUCACUCAGUCACAGGCCUCUGGACGUGAGGUGCCAUCCGUUGAUAAACCUGAUGACGUUCAUACGGACUUGGUAUCCAGCAAUGAGGCGAAAGGUGCAAUCGACAUUGAUGCUCACCAAGAGACGACCGCCGAGAUGAACUCCCCCAGACUCCGCUUUCAUUAA